GUGAACAGUUUAGGAAUUUGAUCUGAGUAUUAGAAUACUAUUCUUUAUGUUUUAAACUACCACCGAGAAGCCAAUAUCCAAAGUGAACUAAUUCUGCAACAUGACCCACUGGUCCCAUGCAUUUCACCAUGACACAAGGACCGACAUUAAAACCAACUAAAACCCUUCACACCAGCACCACAACAGCUGCUCCAGGCUUCCUGGCCUCUUUACUGGACAGGAUUCCUUUGCCAAGAUGGGCCAUCUAUGCUAUAUUCACUGCCAUCGUCCUGCUCAUUCUCAUCUGUGUGAUAUGCUGCUGUGUAAAAUGCUGCUGCAAAGGGAAAAAGAAGAGGAAGAAGAAGCUGGACCAGAAGAUCAGUAUGAAAGGGAUCUCAGGAACUACAACCGCAGCACUGGUCCAGCCCGAGACAGAGGAUGUGGAGUACGGCUCAGAUGACCAGCAGAGAGGAAAACUGCAGUACUCACUGGAGUUCAACGCAUCCAGAUCAGAGCUGACUGUAGGGAUAAAAGAAGCUGCCGAUCUGAAAGCGAUGGACUCAGGAGGAACAUCUGACCCUUAUGUGAAAGUCUACAUUCGUCCCAACAAGUCCAAAACAUUUGAGACGAAAGUCUUCAGGAAAACCCUUAACCCAGUGUUCAAUGAACAUUUCAAAUAUCAGAUCCCUCAGAAGGAGCUGAUUGAGUCGACACUGGUGAUGCAAGUCUAUGACUUCAACAGAUUCUCCAAACACGACAUCAUCGGUGAGAUCAGACUCAGUCUGUCCACUGUGGACUGGAAUCAUGUGAUUGAGGAGUGGAGAGAUCUGAGCGAAGCCUCCAAACAUGAGCAAGAACAUCUGGGGGAGAUCUGCUUUUCUCUUCGUUAUGUCCCAGCUAGUAGUAAACUCACUGUGAUCAUACUGGAAGCCAAGAACCUGAAGAUGAUGGACCACGGAGGCUCUUCAGACCCCUAUGUGAAAGUUCAAUUGAUUCUGGAUAAGAAGAAGUGGAAGAAGAAGAGAACAUCAGUGAAGAAGCAGACACUGAAUCCAUACUUCAAUGAAUCGUUCACCUUUGAAGUGUCAUUUGAAAAGAUUCAGAAAGUCCAGCUGGUCAUCUCUGUGUGGGACCAUGACAAAAUGAGCAGAAAUGAUGCGAUCGGCAAGAUAUAUCUGGGCUGUGAUGCUACAGGAAACCAGCUGCGUCAUUGGGCGGACAUGCUGUCCAACCCACGCAAGCCUGUGACUCAAUGGCACACAUUACUCUCCUCUGAACAGGUGGACACAACGCUGGCCUUGAAACACACGCUAAAGAUCCCCUUCACAAACAAAGCCUUCUGAAAAACCUCCAUUCCCAUUCCUUUGUUACAAUAAUCUCAAGAAUUUCUAUAAGUUAUACUGUGCAAAGGACAGACUAUGGACCAGGGCCAUUGUUUUUUAUAUAUUUGAUCCAUAUUGUUGUAGUGAAACAUUUCAUUACUCUCUCCUACGUUGUCUUCUCCAUAAUUUUGAGCUGUUAGCAAGUCCAAUAUAUUUUACUGAAUUGUUCAUAUGAAAGUACCUUG